AUCCUCUUCAUUCUUCUUUACACUAGCUAGAUAAGAUUACACUAGAUAAGAUAAUUGGAUAAACCCCCCAUUCCAAAAAGAAAACCUGCAAAACAAAAAUCACAACAAUGGCUAUAGCAACAGCACAAUGUCUCCAUCUUUCUUGCAGCUUCAAAUCUCUCUCACUCUCUUCAUCUUCUUCCAAACCCUUAGCCAAGUCAUUCAAGCCUCUCAGUUCCUCAAGUAGCAUUUCAUUUAACCCAUUAUCAACUGGGUUAGGGUUUGUAAACAAUAAGAGAGUUGGCAGAUCUGUUUCGAUUGUGUGUGAAGGAGGUAAGAAACCCGAUUCCGCUGCUAAACGAGCUCGACAAUCCGAAAAGAGAAGACUUUAUAACAAAGCUAGAAAAUCCGAAGUUAGAACUAGAAUGAAGAAGGUCUUGGAAGAGUUGGAAGUCCUGCGGAAAAAGUCGGAUGCAAUGCCCGAGGAAGUUAUAGGUAUCGAAAAGCUGAUAGCAGAGGCAUACUCAGUCAUUGACAAAGCAAUACAGGUGGGGACACUCCACAAGAAUACUGGAGCCAGACGGAAGUCUAGGCUUGCCAGAAGAAAGAAAGCCGUGGAGAUUCACCACGGAUGGUAUGCACCCGAAUCUGCAGCUGCAACUGCUGUUUGAUGACCCUCUGGCAUCCAUAUUAUUGUAGAUUAUGUAUUUGCAGGAAAUUUUGAGCGGAAUUUGCACUGGAUGUUCAAUCUAUCAAACCUUGUAAUUUCUUCAUCUUAUAUUUAAUGGUUGCUGUUGAUGCAUUUUUCAA